UGGGUUCUGAUAACAUGGACCGCAGGUACCACUAUCACUGUCUGGGUUCUGAUAACAUGGACCGCAGGUACCACUAUCACUGUCUGGGUUCUGGUAACAUGGACCGCAGGUACCACUAUCACUGUCUGGGUUCUGAUAACAUGGACCGCAGCCAGUGGAAGCCGGGCCAGCCUGAUAACUGGAAAGGUCAUGGUCUGGGUGGGACAGAGGACUGUGCUAUGAUACACGCCAACGGACAGCUGAAUGAUGAUCACUGUUCCCGUAGUUACCGCUACGUCUGUCAGGGACACACACUGACACACACUCACUGAUACACACAUAACUCACACACUGACACACACACCAACAAGCUCUCACAGUCUCAGUGUAGAAUUAGACUUGUAUCCGCGUUCUCCAAACGUUAUACUUCGAAGUGUUUUUGACACCCUGGGUUGACCCCUGCUCAGCAUCGUUCAGUUUCACCAAACGUCAAAUAUAUAAGAUUAAGGGUUAAAGUUUGGGAUAGGGUAAAAAAAUACAUAUACUGAACAAAAAUAUUAACGCAACAUGGAAAGUGUUGGUCCGAUUUUUCAUGAGCUGAAAUAAAAGAUGGUAGAAAUGUUCGAUAAGCACCAAAAUCUGAUUUCUCUCACAUUUAUUUCACAAUGUGUUUCCAUCCCUGUUAGUGAACGUUUCUCCUUUGCCAAGAUAAUUCAUCCACCAUA